AGUAACGGAGGUCCUCAUUGGUUUCAAGAAUGGAACACUUAAUUAUUGGAAGAUGAAACUUCAUGGACAAGUUGUCUCACAUCUCCAAUCUGGUUAGGCCAAGUUUUUUUUUGCUGAUGUGGUAAAAAAAUUAACCCCUUACUAGCCACAACCGAAUUCGCUUGCUACCGUGAAAUUUGAGAAAAAAAGUGAUUUUAUGAGAUACUUUUUUUUUCAAGAGGAUCGUGAUUCUCACCACUGACAAUAUCCAACGUUGUACCCAAGGCCGCAACAACCCUCCUUGAGGUCCAUGUAAUAGGUUACUUGCUCUCACCGGACGGCCAAUGACUCUAAAAUUUAGAAGUUGAAGUCUAAAAUUCAAAUUUUAAUGUUUUUACAUAUAAAAAGGAAAAAAGUUACCUCAGGUCUCAUCCUAGCAUUUAGCCCAACUAGAGCCCACACCAAGCCCAACAUCAAGCCCAAACCCACGUUUCCAGUCCACUUCGUCAUGCGCGUCAACCUCCGUCCCGAAUUCCCCGUUCGCUCACCUAGCUGAACGCCGAUCCACGGUACGCCGCGUCAUGCCUGCCGCCGCACCGCACCCACCGCCGGCGAGCCUGGACGCGCGCACGGGCGGCCGCAUCCUGCGCCGCGCGGCGGGGCAUCUCCUUCACCCAGCAUCCCUCCCGCCACUCCUCCUCGCAGCGCUCCUCCUCCUUCUCUUCCGCUCCGCUCUCCUGGCCGGCACGCUCCGCCUCGCCUCCUUCGCGGACCGUGACCCGGCCCUCCGCUCCCUUCUCGCCCGCCUCUCCCCUCCCAACACGCCGUCGCCGCCGCCUCCCCCGCACCACCUCCCACGGCGCCGCUCGCCGUUCACCUCCCCCUCGUCCUCCCUCUCCGACGACGAUAUCCUAGUCAGCCCCCUUGAUCCCGCUGCCUCAGCCCCCUCCCGCCGCCGCAACGCCUCCUACUACCAUGUGCUAGUCACCUCCUACUCCGCCGCGCCCAAACCCUAUCCGUUGCCGCUCCCCAACCCGCUCCCGGCCUCCGCUUCCCCCUUCUUCCUUGCCGUCUACAAUGAGACGGCGCCUCCGAAGCCCGCCUCGCCGCUGGGCAGAGAAUUCGGUUUUCUUGCCCUGACCAGGCGCGACGCAGCGGCCAUCGUCAACCUCCUCGCGCUGCUCUCCUCCGCACAUAUCUUCGCGAUCCUUGGCUACAUCGCCGUGCACUCCGCCGCGCUGGGCGCAGUGUUUGCGUCCGUGGCGGGGCACCACGUACCUGGGCGGCGUCUAGUGUUCCUCCUCACCUGUGCUGCGAGGGGCGCUAAGAGACUCACAGGGUUCACGUUCCUGCGGUGGGCCACGCGGGACGCCGUUGUGCAGAUGCUCUGCCUCUGGUUCUUUGCGGAUGUGCACGAUCAGGCCCAGCUGUUCAGGCUCUUUGUGGUCGCCAAACUGAUGCCAUUCUCCACAUCCGUUAACCCGUGGCUUGGUGCAGUCGUUGCAGGCCCAGAGCUCGAUGGUUUCUUUGUUGCCUGGGCUGUUCUUGAUGCAGUGGUGUCAGUUUUGUUCACUGUGGUGCCUUGGGUGGUUGUCAUGGACCGUGAUCCACGGCCGCCUGGGCACAAUGCUGUGAAGGAAGGGUGCUAUCUUGUGUCUCUGAUGGCAACUGAUGCCACAUUUCUCAAGUGCUGGGAAACAGUUGUGUGUGGCAGCAUGGGGCGGCUCAUCAUGGUGACAUUCGGCGGAAAUGUUUUUGGUGGAUUUCUGCAUUCAAUUGCGCAGGUCUACUUCAUGGUGGUAUGGCUGCUGUUCUACUUUGCAGCAAGGAGUAAGGAGGUGAGGAUGGGUGGUCGUCAGUUUGGACUGGAGGAUGUUGCAGCUGCUCUUGAUGGAUUUAGGUAGUGUCCAGUUGUCGAUUGCCACUUGGAUCAUCAUUACUUGAAGAGAAGUAUAUUCAUGGCCCAUAGUGCUUAUUGAUGAAAAACUGCUGGUCUUGGCAAAGUAGAGGUUUUUUGUAGUUAUCCUGAUCUUAUAAAUCUUGCCAAGAUGGUAAAUGACUCGGAUGAGCGAAAGAGAACUUGACAAUGUUGCAUGUACAGUUUUUAUCUCGGAUGGGUAAUCUGCUUAUAGCCACAUACUCACAUCACAUGGCAUACAAAGAAAGGCUGUUUGGUUCCCCUUUUCCAUGGAAGGUUAGAAGCAAGAUGCCUGGUAAUAGGUGCAACAUGAAGUUUAUAUACCUGUGUUCUGCCUGCAAAAUUUAUCUGGGUAAUACUUUAGAUCAAAACACGUGAUGUACAUCCAAUCAUGGGUAUAGUUUGUUGAUAUCCACCCUUCUGUUUGUAAAAACCUCCCAAAUCCCAUCUCAUAACCCUCUUUAGACGUGGUUGGCCCAUGAAUGAAUUGCUCUAUAUAAUGAUUACUUUUAUCUGAUUGAUGUAUAAUACAUGAGCAUAAUAUCUCUGGCGUUUUAUUUA